UGGCUGCCUACAGUUCACCUACGGUAUUUGUAUGUAUGCCUUGUUUGUUAUCUGCUUUAAGACAGACAGCGGAGGGAGCAGCGAGUGUCACACGCUGACGGCACAUUGUGAAACAGAACAGUUUAAUAAGUCGUUAAGGUUUUUGGUAAAUGAAGCGUUAACGUUACCAAAAGCCUGUUUUUCUUUCUUUCAUUUUUGCUGAGCCGUCAAGCGCUCCUCACUGUCGGACUGCGCUCGGUUUGCCUUUUUUUUCUGUUGCGUUGAGCUAACUAGCGCAGAACUCUGUAAUAGCCGCUAUGUUUAGCCCCGUGAAGUCUUCUUAUUUCAGAGUCAGCCCGGCCAUUGUCAACAGAGAACUCGGCAAGACCAAGAUGAGAUAGCAAGAGGGCAAACCGGAGUGACCACACGUGAUUUAACUACAAGGCAUAGCUCGAGCAAAACUCACAACACCCAGUACAUCACUCAAACGGCAUGUUUGGGAAUCUUUUCGAGGAAGAGGAGGAGGAGGAAGGCUUCUCUUCGGCUUCCUCCAAGGGGAGAGUUGCCAAGGGGGGAGACGAGCCGCCUCCGCCCCGAGGAAGAAGCAAUCUGUGCGGCUUAAAGAACCAAGGAGGGACCUGCUACCUCAACUCUCUGCUCCAGACCCUGCUGUUCACCCCGGAGUUCAGAGAGGCACUGUUCAGUCUGGGAGCUGCAGAAUUGGGAUGUCUGGAACACAAAGACACCCCAGGGGCCAAAGUCAGAGUGAUCCCACUGGAGUUGCAGAAACUGUUCGCCAGUCUUCUGUUGGUGGACCAGCAGAGCGCCUCCACCGCCAACCUCACCAGCAGUUUUGGCUGGAACAGCGGCGAGGGAACAAAUCAGCAUGACGUGCAGGAGCUGAACAGGAUUCUGUUCAGUGCAUUGGACCACUCCCUUGUGGGCACCACUGGUAGUACUUUUAUCCACCAGCUGUAUCAUGGGACCAUUGUCAACAGCAUUGUCUGCAAGGAUUGUGGGAACAUCAGCCAGAGACAGGAGGACUUCCUGGACCUGACAGUGUGUGUCUGUGGCGUGUCUAGCCUGGAGGAGGCUUUGUGGAACAUGUUUGUGGAGGAGGAGUUGUUUCAGGGCAAUAACCUGUACCGCUGUGCACAGUGUGACAGGCUGGUCACUGCUGCCAAGUCUGCCAAGCUGAAGAAGCUUCCUCCAUUCAUGACCAUGUCCUUGCUGAGAUUUAGCUUUGACUUUGCCAAGUGUGAGCGAUACAAGGAGACAGGACGCUACAGUUUUCCCUUAUCCAUCAACCUACAGCCAUUUUGUGAAGAGACCGAUGCAGAGGACUCUGAUUACUCCUAUGAGCUGUUCUCUGUGAUCAUCCAUAAGGGAGGCUGUUAUGGUGGCCAUUACCAUGUUUAUAUCAGGGACAUUGACCAGCUCGGCAAAUGGGAGCCACCGGAGGAAGAACGCAAACCCAAAACCCAGAAACAAUCCAGAGACGAAGUUGAGCAAAUGUGUGAGCCAAAACUACAAGAAGAUGACCCUUUGUCUGUCAUCACUGCGAUCAUUGCCCAGGAGCCUUCAAAGAGUGUCCUGACGGACCAGUUGGGACAGAAACUCAUGGAUAAGAUUGGUUCUUCCUGGAGCAAAAAGUUCAGAAAACACUAUGGCCCCAUAGGAAAGUUCCUGCAGUCCCACAAUGAGGUUUUCAUGUUGGUGUCUAAUGGAACUCGAGUGGCACUGAAGGCAAACCCGCCAAGCCCCACAACUGAGCCGCCCGGCUCAGCGAAGCAGGCGACUAACCCUGAUCCAUUAACACCAUCAGACCCCGGAGCUGCUGAACAACAUCUGGAUCUACACCAGAAGCCCGAGCCUGAACAAACGGGCAGCCACUGGUUUGACCUGAACGAUUCCAUGGUGACCUCCAUCAGGGAGUCAGACAUAGAGAAGCAGUUCCAGGGCAAAGAAAGCGCAUACAUGUUGUUCUACAGAAAAACACAGCUGCACAGACCCAGUGAAGCUCUGCACAAUCCCCAAUAUAAAAUUCCUCUUAACCUCAUCCAGAUGGCUCAGGAGGAGAACAUCCAAAUGCAGAAAAUGCGUGAGGAGUUUGAAGCCACGAAUAACACCGUGGAGCUACGUCUCCACCUGGCACCGUCGUACAGGCUCGAGGGUGGAGCCCUGCAGCCACUCAGCAAAGAGAUGGAUGUGAGCACGUCUCUGAGUUUUGACCGUAGAAAGACUGUGGGAGAUCUUCGAUUAACCAUCUAUCAGAAGCAGGAACUCUGGGAAGGGGACAUGGCUUUGACUCUAGCCAAGAGUCUUCCCGCAGGUCUCCACCUCUACAACACCUUAACAGACGACAGCGUCUCCCUGUACAGUGCAGGCGUUUGUACAAACGCUGACCUUUUUGUGUGGAACGGCAGAGAGGUGCGCGGUGCCACUGUGCUAAUCGGAGCGGAGUGGGAGCCAGUGCUGCUGAAUGUAGUCCGUCCCAGUUUGGGGGAAGAUGGGGAUCAGGAGGAGGGGGGGGGCGGGUUGGAGGGUGAUGAGGGAAGAGGAGGUUUUGAGAAUGGGGGGCCUGGGCUUAAAAGGGAGGCCAGAGGGUUUGCAGGUGCUGCGACUCUCAGGGAGGUUAGGGAGGCCCUGGGGGAGCCCGAGGGGAGUCUGCUGUGCCAGGAGCAUAUGGGAGGCCCGAGAGGAGAGCAGGCGCCCGGGGAGGGAGGGGGGGCGAGUGGAUGGAGGGUGUUCCCCCCCGAUGAUAUGCAACGGACGCUCAAGGAGCUAUCGCUGAAAGACGGAGACGCGCUGCUGGUGCUGGAGCCCCAGUCCUUCGACAGCAGCAUGUUUGCCCGAAACGGAGACGUCGUCACUGUGACUACACCGUCAGACUGCCGCUGGCUCCAGGUGGAGUUUGGACCACAAGGGGAGGGAGGAGGCGAUGGGGAGAAAGAAGAGGGGAGGAAGAUCAAAGUUCCAGCUUCAGGAAAUAUGCUGCUGUGUGAGGUGAAGCAAAGGGCCAUAGAGGAGCUGCAGCUACAGGAGCAGAUCUCAGGUGCACCGUACUGUCUGAGACAUGUGGACUGCACAGGGAAACUCCUUCCUCCAGUGUGCGAGGAGUUGAGUGUUCGGGAUGCAGGGGUGCGACUCAUGACCACACUGACUCUCUGUCCGGGAAAUGCCCCCAAGGCAUCGCAGCUUUUUUUGCACUUCUCUGUGGGCGCAGCGCCCUCUGCUGGAAUGGAGAUGGAUAUAAUAGUGGAGAAAACAAGUACUGUCAAAGAGUGUCUAAAGACAGUGCUGGAUGUAGUUGGACUUGAAGGCACCUGUUGGCACGUGAGGAGGCUCGAUUGGUGUGAGGAGGUUGGCGAGCCGAUUAUGGAUGAGGACGCUUCUUUGUCAGAGCUGAAGAUAAACAAUGGAGAAACAUUGGUGGUCACAAAAGGGCAACUUCCUCCUAAGGGGUUCCUCAAGCUUUAUGUGUGGCUGUGUCUGGAUCGCAGACACAAUUCGGAGGUUUCCAUGGAUUUUAAUCACAUAGGACACACGCAGGUUGAGGCUGCAGAGGAGCUGCCUCCUCUGGCUGCCGGCAACAUGGCGGAACCAAGACGUGCAGGACAGGUGGAGAUCUCAGACGAGGCCACCCUGGAGGAUCUCAAGGCCCAGGUGUUGACACUGCCUGCCCUUCAGGAUGUGUGUGUGCCAACCACUGCGUUCCUGCGUGUGUGGCAGCUUGAAGGGCGGCGGCUGGCUCGCAUCCUCAGAGGAGGACAGCUCACACUCAAGAAGUUGAAGCUGAGCAGUGGCACAGACCUUUGUUUGCAACAGCUACUUAAGGAAGAAGACCUCGGUCCUAGAGACGUGAUGCUGAAUGUUAAAAUGGGAGUCCCUGGGGAGCGGUGUUUCUACCCUCCAGAUGAGCUGGUUUGGGAUGCAGCCCGUGACUCCUCGCCCCGCUCCCUACGCACUUGUCUGGCUGCACACUUCGGCCUCUCCCCGGACUCGCUGCUGUUGGCCAAACACCAGCUGGACAAACACACCUGGGAGGAAAUCUCAAACUGGAGUCACCAAGUUUCUAAAAAGAAAAAAAAGCGGAAGGCUGAAUCACUGCUCGGGCCACCAUUUCACCUCAAAGAUGGCGACACAAUCGGCAUCAAGAAUCUUUUGAUUGACAACAAAAGGGAGUUCCUCACUGUGGAGGACGAGCAGGGCCAGCAGAGGCUCAGGCAGCAAGCGGAGCAACGCAGGAAAGGAGGGCCGGUUGCAGGCUCUGAGGGUGUUGGACAACAGAAGACUGGCCUGAGCAAACCCAGGAAACCAGAGGUAGCGCUGUCCAUCAACGUUGGGGUAUUCAGAUAGCACCCUGCUCCUAUGGGAGCACGGACAAAUCCAACCUACCUAUACAACUACAUGCACUUACGCACAGGUGCCGCGAUGCCAUUAGGACAAUCCGCUUGAUGUCACUCAUGUCAUUUUCUUUUCUUUAUUUCUCCACAAAUCUUUAAACGACUAAAAUGAUAUUUUGUUGAAAGGAAGAGAGACAUUUUGCUAGGCCUUAAUGUGGAGAAGCCUCGAUGCAGCUCUGUCCUCCCUACCUCGCUCUCUUCUCUCUCAUUCUACCUCUGCUUCCCUGUCUGUUUUCACCCAAAUCAACUGCUCUUUUAAUACGGUUAAAAUCUGUAUUUUAGUAACACAUUUUGAUUUAUGUGACAUGACACACCAGCUGUCAAAAUGUAGAUGACUACUUUUGUUUACUUCAACUCAUUUUCUGUGACAGGUAUAAUAACUUUAUUUCAGUUUAUCAUGCACAAUCCUCCCUCUUUAUCGCCGAGACUUGAAGCAGACUUUCACCUCAAUCUAUUCAUUUAAUAUUAAAAGGAAUAAGCGUGUGGAGCCAAACCUCAUGUAGCUAUCUGGUGAUGGAUGAAUUUAGCUUUGCAAAUAUAUACUGUAAAUCAUUUCUGCAACUUUUUUGAGUUUUAAGUGUGGAACGUCUAAUGCAUAAUUUGCAUGCACCAUAUGUGAACUUCAGGAAAGUUAAAAAGCAUUUUUAUUAAUGAUUUUGUUUUAAAUGGGUUUUUAAACUCAUUUGUUUCGUUUCUACCAUGAGCCUUGAUCUUUGCUUUCUUGACAACAUACUCAGCAAUAGUGAAAAUUAAGUUUUUAUUACGGAUUUCCAAUAUUUUUUGGGAUAUCAAUGAUUCUACUGUUUUAGUGGGGUAGACAUUUGUAUAUUAUAUCAACAAUAAAGUUUGCUGCUGAUGAAACCCGUUGCUUUUGUGACCCAUUAAGCCGCAUGGCUCUAUGAAUGGACAUUUUGUUCGGUAUAGACAUUCAUGGUGGUGCUCAUGAUGCUUUCUAAUGACUUCGGUGAUCCCGAUUUUAUUCAUUUUUAUUUUAUUUAGCCGCCGCAUUGUGGUUGAUUUUUAUGUUUUUUUUUUGUAUCAUUGUAGAGCCAAGAAUAAAGGUUUGUGUUUUUAUAGAAAUUUAAAGGAACAGUAAAUUAUCCAAUUAGAAAGGUCUUUUAGGGUUUUAACGAGAUAAUCCACUUUAGUAAUUACACCUUUUCAUUAGCACCAUUACCAGGGCUUAAUGUCCAAUUGUUUUUCAAGUGAUGUUGUUAACCUUGGCCUUUUUGUCUUAUGUUUUUUUAAUCAUCUAUCAACAAAUGUUAACAACUUAACACCAUAUAUGAUCACACUGUAAGCAGCAUGCUGGCUUUAGUAGCAUAAGUUACAUCUCUCACAAAGCCGGCAGCAUGGCUGUACAAAAAUAAAAAUUGACUUUAUUCCCAUGUAUCAGAUAAGUAAACUAGAUAUUCGAGAAAAUAAACGUUUUGCAUUAUUUGUCUCGGUGUUAACGCUAAACGAAUCGUAUAUAUUUUGUAUUUUCAUGUUCUUUAAAGAGCCGAGAUACGCGUGUUUUGUGUGUGUGUUGAGGUUUUGCGACGACCAAUCACAAUCUAGG